CCCGGUCGAGAUGGAGGAAGAUGCGACCGGAGGCCAUCAGUCGCCAGAAACAGAGGAUAGAGUGGGAGCUGCGGCCUAGAGGUCCGAGCUUGGACUUCACCUCAGACGGGGCGGAACCGCCCUGAUGUGAAAAGGACAUCCUGGGUCAUCUGUUGGGUCUCCAUAUGAAGCACUUUAACAUUUGUGUCUAAGCUGUGUUAAAAGAUGGGGGAAAAUUCAGAAUUGGAGCCAUGCACCAAAUAAGGAUCUGGGAAAGAGCCAUAAAGAAGCUGGGCUGAUUGAAUUGGAAGAAAGGAAGGCUGAAGGAAGUGAGCAUACAGGUCUCCAGGCACAAUGGAGGACAAACGUAACAUCCAGAUCAUCGAGUGGGAACACCUGGACAAGAAGAAGUUCUACGUGUUUGGUGUGGCAAUGACAAUGAUGAUCCGUGUCAGCGUCUACCCAUUCACGCUCAUCCGUACUCGCUUGCAGGUUCAGAAAGGCAAGAGCCUCUACCAUGGGACCUUUGAUGCCUUCAUCAAGAUCCUACGGGCAGAUGGUGUGACUGGCCUCUACCGGGGGUUCCUGGUCAACACCUUCACCCUCAUAUCUGGCCAGUGCUAUGUUACCACUUAUGAGCUCACCCGGAAGUUUGUAGCUGACUACAGCCAGAGCAACACAGUCAAAUCACUGGUGGCCGGUGGCUCGGCCUCUCUCGUGGCUCAGAGCAUCACGGUGCCCAUCGAUGUGGUCUCCCAGCACCUGAUGAUGCAGCGCAAGGGUGAGAAAAUGGGCCGCUUCCAAGUGCGAGGGAAUCCAGAGGGACAAGGGGUAGUUGCCUUUGGCCAAACCAAGGACAUCAUCAGGCAGAUCCUGCGGGCUGAUGGACUUCGUGGCUUCUACCGGGGCUACGUGGCUUCGCUGCUUACUUACAUCCCAAACAGUGCUGUCUGGUGGCCCUUCUACCACUUCUAUGCAGAGCAGCUCUCAUCCCUCUGCCCUAAGGAGUGCCCUCACAUCGUCUUUCAGGCCAUCUCGGGACCUCUGGCUGCAGCCACUGCUUCCAUCCUUACCAAUCCCAUGGAUGUCAUCCGAACCCGAGUACAGGUUGAGGGCAAGAACUCCAUCAUCCUGACCUUCCGACAGCUGAUGGCAGAAGAGGGGCCUUGGGGCCUCAUGAAAGGCCUCUCCGCCAGAAUCAUCUCAGCCACGCCCUCAACCAUUGUCAUUGUGGUGGGCUACGAGAGCCUCAAGAAACUCAGCCUCCGACCUGAGCUGGUGGACUCAAGACACUGGUAACCAGUGAUGGGGAGAGGAGCCUGCUGUUUCCCACACUACUCUGGGUCGGGGGCAGAGAGGAGAGGGUAGCACCCUCUUCAGGUGCCCCACCACAUACUGAGUCCGGCCCUGGAUCAGGGACAGAGACUUUGAACUGCUCUUGCUGAAGAGGCUCCACGCCUGGAUCCCCUGCUCUCGUUAUUUUUUAAUUUUCUUGCCAAACUGGGCUCACUCAUUCAGUACAGGUACUGUCCUGCCCUAAGGAAAUCCACUUUCCCUGCCAAUCCCACUCCAUCCAUCCCCUGCCAACCCUUCUCUGUCUUCCCCCUCCAUCUGUGUCCCUGAGAUCCUGAGAAGAGCUGCACAUAGAACUUGCUUACUACCACUGGUUCUUCCUCUUGGGCUUUCAGCCCAGAUUCCAAGCAGUUGCCAUCAGCCCUUUCCUGCUUCAUCUCUUAGGUUUGCUUAUUUUUAUUUUGGGACUGAGCUGCCCACCAGACUACUCUGCUUUUCCCUGCCACAGGGGGCAAGGUGCCAGGCACUUUUGCACAGGGAGUGGGAGCAGCAAAAACCUCUGGUUCUCCAGAGCACUCAUCCUCUCUUUGGAGAGUUAUUAGGUUGGGGAGAAAUGUUGAUACUUUAUUUUGUGUGUGUAUUUUUCUGUGAACCAGGCUACUGUCUUAGUCCUACUAAAGCACCAAUCCUGCAGUCAGAGCCCACCCCUUCCUCAGACAGGUGGAAAAAUAUCAUGUAGCAUUUCCCUCAAUCCCAGUUAUCUAUCCCUCCCAGUCCCUUCAGUCCCAGCAGCCCCAGGAUAUAUAAGCUGUUUUUUUCCUCCUGGCCCAGAUGACUACAGUGGUGGGCGCACCUCUAAAUAGAUCAGACUGUCUGGGACACACUGGACUUGGAACACUACCCUGAAAAGUCUGGUUGAGAGAGUAGUUGGUUUGGAAAGUGACAGGAGGAUAUGUGUGCCCUAGCGCAUCUCCCUCGACCAGCUGAGCCAAACCUAGGAGAGGGCAGUGGAGGUUCUCAGCUCCAGGCAGUCAUGACACACAUAUAUACCCCAAUCACUUGGACUCACAGAAACAGAUGUUGUCUCACAGUGGGAAUCUCUGAGAUGUGGAACUGUUUGUGUUUUUCUUCUCUUUGAUCUGAGGAGUCAUCCCAGUCAUGGUACCCUCUGGAGGGAGGCUU